AUGAGUGCGCCGAUUUUGCACUAUCCUCCGAAUUCCACCAACUCUAUUAUUGUUUUUUUUUUCAAGAACGAACGCACCAAGUUUCUUCUUUUUGAUGCCAAGUAUGGCAAACUUGGCGGAAACGAUCCGAUGUGUGCCUUGCGUCGUGAUUCGACGGUGACUGAGGAGGAAUUGGACGAGCAUCAAAUUGGUCAACUUUACGAAUCACAGCUCGUUCAAUUGGAAAAACUCAUUGCUGUACAACGGCGAAGCCAUUUAAGAGCAAAAAGUUUGCUUGCUGCGGCUGAAAAGCGACAUUUCAAAGCUCUACGAGAACUCGAAUUAGAAAAGGAACGGAAAAGCCGGUAUGCAGCUCAAGGGGAUGACGUCCUCGCAUUGCUUGAAAAAGAACGCGAGAAACUCACGCAACAGUUGGAAAUUCAAAUUAAUGAGGUGGCUGAGAGCAAAGCAGAGACGGAAAGAGUGGAACGAAAACUCGAGGCGGAACGAGAACGACACAAAUCCAUGGUACUAUUCCUCAUCAAUGAACGCAAACAGAUGUUGGUGAAGAUGCACGAGUUACGGGUCAAAUCUGAAUCAAACCCUCAUAUGACACCGGGUGAUCAAGCAUUACUGGAAGAACUCAAAAAGGAAGUCGGUUUUCUCCGGGAAGAGCGCGACUCGUUGAAAAAUGCGAAUAAAGCAUUGAAGGCGGAAAAUCUAAGCCUCAAAGAGGUUGUGAAGGGUCAAGAAGCGGAUUUGUUAAUGCUCCGUAAGAAUUUGAUCUCAUCAACGAAGCUGACUUUCGACAAGCCCACAACGCAUCUUCCUCAAUUAGCCGACACCGGUGGAUCGCUGGUGGUGGCUAACCGGAUGGCGACGUCUACGGGAUCAUCCAGUGGUGGAACGUCAUCGACUGGUACCGCAAUGUCCGCUGGCACGUUAUCAUCCCGAACGAGAUUAGCCACAUCGAGCAGUUUUCCAGCUGAAAAAAGCCGCUUACCUCGUGCUCCUUCUUCACCGGCAAGAGGACUUCCUUCGCCUAGGGUGCCAUCAUCGCCAUCUAAAAAGGCGCCUGCGAUGGGAUUGGGUACAACCAGGCGGGUCCCACCUCCUCCAAGAUAUGCUGAGCCAGAAUUGCAGGAACUCGAAGCAGCAAUAGAGUCGAUGGCUGCUACCAACGUUGCACCAACGUCGUCGCCAACAAAACGUAGUAAUAGUUUACCACGUGGAGGGGGAGGUAGUAGUGAAGCGAGGAAGAUCGAUCUACCGCCAGUUUAUCGAACUGAACCUCCACUUCGAGUACCUCCACAACCGCAGAUGGGAGCAGCUAGUCGAUUAGGUAAGGUGUAG